CCAUCCUUUGCUGGUUUGCUGCUCGCCACUGCCAGAACUACGCACCAAGCCGCGGAAGACGAGAGGCGGCACCGGACCUUCUGCCAAUCUGCAAUUGGAAUUGGCCAACUUGCUGAUACCUCGAUCAUUGCAAGAUAACCCGUCACAAUCGCGCCAAGAUGCGGCUCUCCUCGCUAUCAGCCGUGCUCGCCACGGCGUUUGCGUGGACUGCGGCGGCCCAGGAUGACUACAGAAGCAUAACGCUCAAGACGCACUCUAUCGAACAACCUUACUUGGACUCUGACAUGCAGAGCCGAUGGUUUGACUUUGGCGGAGAUACCAUCAUUCGAACAGACUCAUAUAUUCGCCUUACCUCCGAUCGACCUUCACAAAACGGCUGGCUCUUCUCACGAGUGCCUCUUACCGCUACCAACUGGGAAGUCGAGGUUGAGUUCAAGAUCCACGGCAAAAAUCAGCUUUACGGCGAUGGCUUCGCCAUGUGGAUCACGAAGCAGCGAGGCCAGAUCGGUCCCGUCUUUGGCCAUGCCGAUAAAUUCGAAGGCUUGGGCAUCUUUGUCGACACAUACAAGAACAACCGACCUGGUGUUGUCUUCCCCUACGUCAUGGCCAUGUAUGGAGACGGACAGGCGAGCUACGACAAGAACAACGAUGGCAAGGAGACGGAGCUAGCUGGUUGCUCGGCCCGAGGUCUUCGUCACUCGAACAUCCCCACCAAGAUGCGAUUGACCUACUUCCAGGAUAAGAGCCUCAAGCUCGAGCUCCAGUACAAGACCGUCGGCGACUGGGUGGUGUGCUUUGAGGUGGACAACCCUCCUGCGAUCCCCAACAUUGCCUAUCUCGGAUUCAGUGCUGAGACUGGCGAGCUGAGCGACCACCACGACAUCAUCUCCAUCUCGUCCAAGAAUCUUUACACCAGCCCAGCCAACGGACCUGGCUCAAAGGGAUCCCCGAAGAACUCGUACAAGGGCAAGAGCAGCAGCAGCAGCGACAAGAGCGGUGGAAGCUGGACAUGGUUCUUUACCAAGAUCAUCCUCUUCAUCCUCGUUGCAGGCGGCGGCUACGUGGGAUUCACCAUUUAUAGGUCAAGAACUAAGAGCCACAGAUUCUAGGCGGACCGUGCAUCGGAGGAAGGAUACACAAGUAUAGGCCAGAACGUGUACUACAGAGGAGGAGAUGUGCAGAGGCAUGCUGAACUCGGCCAUCUAACUGAACUCAGGCAGAGAGAGAGACCCUAUCAAGGAGAGGCAAGAGUUAUAUAAUUCGAGUUGGUCAAGAGGCGGGCGGGAAAAGACGUCGUCGUCGUUGUCCGUGUAAGAAAGCAUAUGGGUGCUUAGCCAUGCCUGUUGUCAAUGGUUUUCUUUGUGCUGGGAGUUGGGUCAAUUGGUACAUUGCUUGACGGGCACGCGGUGGCGGGGAUUUCUUAUGGAAAAUCGAUGAAAAUCAUAUUAUUAGCGACGAAAUGACAGUUUUACUGGUCCAAGUUUUUUGCAUCAACUUUUGAUAAUCUGCAUGUUAAUGAG